AUGCUCUCCGCCGGCGGUAUUGCAUCUCUCCUCAUCCUCGCCGCAUCAGCCGGGCUUGGCUCAGCCCAGACGUUUGGUAAAUGCAAUCCGCGAGAGCGCGACGCAUGUCCGCCCGACAACGCCUUUGGCAAUCGCGCAGCGCCGUGCGAACUUGAACGAGACUUGUGCGGCAUCUUCACGGGCAACGAUGGCAGCGACGUAACCUACGGAAGUCGUGGCGCCGCCUUCAAGAUCGAGAAGCCGAGCGAUGCUCCUACGGUUCAGUCGUCCAACUACAUCUUCUUUGGAAGGGUCGACGCCUUCAUGCGCGCCGCCCCGGGCUCAGGCAUCAUCACCAGUCUUGUUCUCCAGUCCGACGAUCUCGACGAGAUUGACUGGGAGUUUAUCGGCAGUGACAACACCCAAGUCCAGACAAACUACUUCUCCAAGGGAAAUACCUCCACCUACGACCGCGGCCAGUUCCACGACGUCAGCGAUCCCGUCGGCUCAACACACAAGUACACCAUUGAGUGGACAAGAACUCGCCUCGUGUGGUCCAUUGACGGAAAGCCCGUCCGCACACUUCUGGCCAGCGAGUGCAAGCCCGGCACUGCCUCGGGCUUUCCCGAAACUCCAAUGCAGGUCAAGCUGGGCACAUGGGUCGCCGGCAAAGAGGGUGCUGCUCCAGGGACCAUCCAAUGGGCGGGCGGCUAUGCCGACUGGAGCAAGAAGCCCUUUGUCGCCUACUACAAGGAUGUGACCAUUGCUGACUAUGCCGGUGGCGACGGGCCUGGGAGAGCUGCAGAGCGUUAUGUCUAUGGAGACAGGAGUGGCACAUGGCAGAGCAUUCGCAUUGAGUAG